AUUUACUAUUUAAUUGAAAUAGAAAAGGUUAGAAAAGAAAAAUAGUUUGUACAUUUCUAUUAUCGGGCAUAAAUCGAUCGGGUUAUAUAUUUUUAUGUGCCGAGUCACGUGUCUCCACAGUUUCCACAUCUAGAACAAUACCAUAGCAAUUACUAAUAAUAAGAGAAGCCAGAAAAAAAGAAAAGAGACCUUAUAAAUACACUUACGGUGGAUGGACUGCAUACACUUCCCCAGAUAUUCUUCUAUUAAGUGCAAAAACCACUCGCCCCACCCCACCAUAUAUUAAGAGUGUUAUAUUACUUCAACUAUAAUAUAUUUUUCUAUAGAAUUCAUAAAUUGUUGAAUUAUUAAAUAUGGGUUACCCUACACCAUUACCAAUUACCACCAAGAAGGUUGCUGAUCACAUCUUAAUUGCAUCUGGACCAUUUUCACGUGUGAAUGCCCUCAAUUUUGGGUACAGAAUGGCGCUUUUCCGUUUUGGGAACGAUACCGUUGUAUGGUCGGCUAUCCCAUAUGGUAAGGAAACUAUAGAUGCAUUGAAAAUCAUCAAUGAAGACUCUCCAGCUCAAGUUACUCACUUGGUUAUCCCAGACUUGGAGCAUACAAUGGCUGCCAAAUCAUUCAAGGCACAAUUCCCUAAAUUGAAGAUUAUUGCUCCUGAAGGGGUGGAUUUAGGCCCAGAAGUGCCAAUUGACUAUAAAAUUUCCGCUAGUAUUGCUAACAAAGUUCUCAAGAGAGAUGAUUUAGAAGCUGUUGGUAUCAAGGAGAACACCAUUUUGGACAAUUUCGAAUUUGUGUAUUUGCCAUCUCACAAGAAUAAGGAAUUGGUCAUGUAUGAUAUCAAGUCCAAGAUUUUAUUUGAAGCCGAUCUUCUCUUCAACUUGGGUACUCCAGAACCUUUGGAACAAUAUUCUCCUGAAACUGGAUUCCCAAAGAAUUAUUAUCCACACUCGGGUUUUUCGUUCCUUACUCGGUACAUGUAUCCAGAUAGUACAGUAGGAAGGUGUCUCAUGAAUAAGGUUGCAGGUGUUUCAACUGAACCCGGUAAGUCUGGGAUUAAGGCCAUUUAUAGUUUGGACUUCAACCAAAUCGUCAUGUGUCACGGUAACAUCAUUUCCAAGGAUGCUAAGGAAGCUUUUAAGAAAGUUUUUGCUGAUGCCUUGAAAUAGACAAUUUAGCAGAUAGUUAAUAUAUAUUUAAAAAAGUUUCUACAGUUCUUCUUGGUUUUAUCUUUUCGAUUUCUAUCCUUCUAUAAUACAAGUAU